CCUAGGUGGAGAUACAUAGUUAAGUGCAAGGUGAACCUCACCAAUGCUCGGAAACAUGAUUUUCACAACAUUGUAAAUUUGAGGUUUCGCUAAAUUAAAAUGGCAACUGAAGAUGUUGUACCGCAUGUUCAAGCUAAAUUUUUUACAAGACAAGAACAAUAUUCAAUACCAGACAAUCCUUACUCCAUACCUGCAUCAAUCACAGCCAAGGAAUUGAAUAACAUUAUUUACAGUGUACUAAAUGAAGGAAAAACAGCUAAUAGUUUUAUUGAAUUUGAUUUUCUUAUCCAUGGAGAAUUUCUACGGACAUCACUUGAAACUCAUCUUGAAGAAAAAAAUGUAUCUUCUGAAGCUGUUAUUGAGAUUGAAUAUGUAGAGCGACAGGCAGCCCCCAGACCAGAAACUUCUCUAGCACAUGAUGACUGGGUUAGCUGUGUCAGAGGAAGCAAUAGCUUGAUUCUAUGUGGUUGCUAUGAUAAUACUUUAAAGCUUUGGUCACGUGAUGGGAAAUGUUUAACCACUAUUUCAGGCCACUUAGCACCAGUCAAAUGUGUUGAAUGGAUUCCCUCAAAUGGAGGUUCCACUGCUGAUCGUAUGUUUAUUAGUGGGUCCCAAGAUCAAACAUUGUUAGUUUGGUGCUGGAAAGAAAGUCAGAAAGCUGUAGAUUGUCUAUAUGCCUGCAAAGGUCAUGCUGGAAGUGUUGACUGUGCAGCUGUAAAUACAGAUGGUGCAAGGAUUGUAACAGGAUCUUGGGAUAAAAUGGUGAAGCUUUGGUCCUUGGUUGAUGGGUUAACAGUGGAGGAGGAAGAAGGAGAGAGAACAAAGAAAAAGUUGAAGAGCUCGGGUAAAAGUGUUUCCACUAGAGUACCAUUAGUGACACUGUCUGGCCACAAGGAAGCUGUUUCUUCUGUGACAUGGCUUGAUGGAUCUACUAUUUGCACAUCUUCCUGGGACCAUACGCUACGUGUAUGGGAUAUGACACGCUCAGAGCAAACACAGAUUGUGGAAGGGUCUAAAGCAUUUUUCUCUAUUGCCUACUCACCAUUAUCAAAACUUAUAUUGUCUGCAUCAGCUGAUAAACAUGUCCGAUUACAUGAUCUUCGUACUAAAGAAAUGAAGAGCACCUACACAUCCCAUACUGGUUUGGUAUCAAGUGUUGACUGGUCUAAGGUCAAUGAACAUCUUUUUAUUUCUGGUUCCCAUGAUAUGCUGAUGAAACUUUGGGAUACAAGAAGCCCAAAGGCUCCAUUAUAUAAUCUCAUUGGCCAAGAUGACAAAAUUCUAGCUGUUGAUUGGUCCAUUCCUGAAUUGAUGUUAUCUGGAGGAGCAGACAACCAACUAAAAAUAUUUAAUUAUGAGCUGAGAAAAAAAAUGAAAUAAAUCUAUAUUUAAAAA